AUGUCUUAUAGUAGCGGAUAUGGCCGUGGUCAAGAUGAUGCUGGCGGCAGUUCAACAUCAAUGAAGGUCGAUUCAUCAUGCGUUGGAAAAAUUAUCGGUCGUGGUGGAACCAAGAUCCGAGAGCUGGAACAGACCUGCCGUGCUCGAAUUAAAAUUUCACGAGAUGCAGAUGAGGAUGGCAUGAAGUGUGUGGAAAUCUGUGGCUCGGACAGUGAGAUUGAGAAAGCCAAACGGAUGAUUGAAGAGUGUCUUGCCGAAGGUCGUGGGGGCAGCAGAAUCCGAGACAUGGAAGCUGACAGUGGCUGCAGGAUAAAGGUGUCUCGAGAUGGGGACUCACGAGGACGCAGCUCUGUAGAGCUCUCGGGCAGCAAGGGUGCCAUCACAGAAGCCAAGAGACUUAUUCAAGAAGCUGGAGUGGAGAUCGUCAACGGAGAUGACCGUGGACGUGGGUGGUGA